AUGUGUCCGACCGACCGCGACCCGAUCGAUGGGCGACCGCGCCCCGUGCGCGUGACGUUGAAAACGCUUCGAGUGUUUCUUUCCAUCGCCGCCGUCGACGCCGCGCGCGCGGGCGUCACCGUCGACCCCGCGCGCGCGAUCGAUCUUCGCGCGAACGCACGCCGCGCGCGCGCCCUUGGACGGGGACGGCGCCGCGACGCCCGCGCGUGGUCACCCGAGCGCGAUCGCGGGCGGAUGUCGAGACGCACGGGGACGAUCGGUGUCGCGACCGCGUGCGCGCUCGUCGUGAGCGUCGGCGUCGCGUGGAGGGGGGUGGGGGUCGACGCGCGCGCGAGGCUGGAGAUCGUGAACGCGGCGCACGAUAUCGCGCACGUCUCGCACAUUCUGUGCGGGAGCGGGGAUCGAGGGAAACAAAAGUGCCAGGAUUACGCGGAGAUGUUGACGCCGCACGCGGACGACGCGCGGAUGCUCGAUCACGCGUUCGCGGAGUUGGCGAGGCGGUACAGCGAGUGUCCGACGGGAAGUGAUGGUGGGGAUCUGGGGUAUUUCCCGCGAGGGGAGAUGGCGAAAGAUUUUGAGAACGUCGUGUUCGACUCGAAGACGCCGGAGGAAACCGUGGUGGGACCGGUGGAGACGCGAAACGGGUGGCACGUCAUGUUGAUUCAUCAUCGCCAUCUAGCGGACGAGGAGGCGAAGGAACGCGCGAGACAAAAGGCUGAGGAGAUGCGCAAGGAACGGAUGGAGCGCGCCGAGGCGCAGAAGAAGUAUCAAGAGGAACGCGCCAAGCGAAAGGCGGAGCGAGCAAGCCGGCGGCGCCAACGCGAUGACGAGCGUCACUCGCUUCACGCCGACGAGUAUCACCACGACCUAAGCAACCGCUUGCACGAACACUUGCGCUCUUUGCACGAAGAAUUGUAA